AUGGGAUUCAAGACCAAGAUUGACCUUGACGUUUUCAAGCCUAAUUUGCCUAGUACUUUACUAAAGCACCCCCGCUUCUCUAGCUUGUUGGUGGACCUAGCUAUUUAUAAUGUGGAGACAGCUGACAAAUUUGUUGAAGACUACAUCCUUAACCUUUCCAAAACCAGCAUAGACAAGUCGAUGCCUCUUUGGGACCUCCAUAUUCUCAAUGUCAACACUUCCAUGGCUGAAAGUGUGGGAAUAUUUAGGAUUCAUCACUCUCUUGGUGAUGGCAUAUCUCUUAUGUCACUUUUUCUCGCUUCGACAGCUUUGGUUCUUGUCAAAGACAGCGAAACCCCUAUUAAAGGUCCUAUCACAAGCACUAGUGAGAAUAAUCCACGACGCAAAGUUUUCAAUGAACACGGCUUUGAGAGCAAGAAUAUUGAGAAAGGAAUUACGGGGAAGAAAAAUAAUCUCCCUGUGAAAAUUCGCGUAAGAUCAAUUUUGUUUAUCAACAUCAGGCCAUCACCAGGAAUUCAGGCUUUAGCUGAUAUGAUGGAGAAGAAUACAAAAGCAAAGUGGGGAAAUUGGCUUGGUUUUGUCAUCCUUCCUUUGAGCAUUGGCUUAAGAGACGAUCCGUUGGACGACAUUCGUGAAGCCAAGGCUAUGUGUGACCGGAAAAGGCAUUCUCUUGAAGCUCUCUGCAGUUCCGGCGUCGCCGGAUUCGUCUUCAAGUUUUUCGGCAUCAAGCCAGCAAGCUCUCUUUUCCUAAGACUUUUCACCAGCACGACGUUGGCCUUCCCCAAUGUAGUUGGACCACUCGAGGAAAUUGGUUUUUACGGUCAUCCAUUGGCUUACCUCGCUGCAACUACCUAUGGCGGCCAAGCAAAUGAAUUAAUGGUUAGCAUGCAAAGUUAUAUGAACAAGAUGAGUGUUGUUCUCUCAGUAGAUGAGAACACUAUUCCCGAUCCCCACCAGUUAUGUGACGAUAUUAUUGAAUCGCUGAAGUUUAUUAAAAACAGUGUCGUAGAAAAAGGACUCGCCAAGUGA